AUGUCGCGAACAAAGAAAAACAAGCCAGGAGCCGCAGAGCGAGCCGCCAAGGCUGCUGCAACUGCAAUCGAGUCCGCUGCCACCCCCGUUGCGGAUGCCGCUCCUGCGGCUGCUACAGCCGCCAAGCCAGCUACUACUGCAAGCGAAGCUCAGGCCACGACCAGCUCGAAGCGAGGCAAGCUCAUUCGACCACGAGGCAAACGAGGAGGUAUCAAGAACCGCAAGGGUGGCGCGUCAGCCAAGUCAGCCCAAGUUCAACAGUCUGCCGUCAAGGAUGCGCGAAAGGCGAAAGGCAAUGCUGCUGCGGACAGCAAAGACUUUACCGACUCCAACGCUGCCCCUGUUCCCCCUGCCGAGCAUGCCGAGAAGAUCGCCAAGUUCCAUACUCUUCUCAAGCAGCUUGAGCAGGCUAAGACCGCUGCCGACAAGGACGAGAUCCAAGCCGGACUCGACUCUCUCGGCGGCCUCGCGCAGUACCAAGCGUGGUCCUUGACUGGAUCGGCCAAAGCCGGUCAGACGCCCACCAGCAAGUGGUGCAUGGAAGCUCUCGCUACCGUCUAUAAGCACGAUCGCGAUCUGCCCAAGUUCAGGGUGCUUGAUGUUGGCGCUAUCACCGGAACUGCCUAUGAAAAAUAUCGUUGGGUCGAUGCUACCUACAUCGAUUUGCAUCCGCAAGGUGACAAUGUUCAAAAGUACAGCUUCUUUGAAUUUCCUGUUCCCACCGACACAAAGCAACGUUUCAACAUGGUCGCUCUUAGCUUGGUCAUCAACUUUGUCGGCGACGUCAGGAAGAGAGGUGAAAUGCUUCGACACGUACACAAGUACCUUCCAGACAACCAAGACACUCCUGGAUUCUGCUUCCUCGUCCUACCCCUCAGCUGCCUCACCAACUCGAGGUACAUGAACCAAUCGCAUCUGCGAGCCAUUCUGAGUUCGCUCGGAUUCAAUGUGGUCAAGCAAUCCGACUCGAACAAACUUUCCAGGUGGCUGCUCCAGAGGAAGCCACUGAAAGAACGCCAAGAGGCGGCUGCAAACAACGGCAAUGCCGCAGCAGCAUCCGACGAGUGGGACGGCACAGUGUUCAAAAAGCGCGAUAUCAACCCAGGUAAAGACAGGAAUAACUUUGCCAUUGUUGUUGAUCCCAAACCCGAGCAGUAG